CCUGCUCGGUCAUUGCUCGCAAAAUUUCCCCUGCUCGAGCGUUCGUUGUCAUACUGAUCAGCGUUCACCUUCUCACUUAUCCCCGCUUGCUCCAUUGCUAUCGCCGAAGGCUUGUUAACGACUAACCCCUUGGCCUCUGUGAAUUCCCCAUCGUCAUUGAAAAGGAACCGACGACGGGUUCAAGUCUUGGGCCUAUUACGUCAAUGUGUUAGCGGGCUUUGCCUCAGGAUAUGAAAGGUGGGAAUGGCAAGCAAAGGAAGCAAGAGUGGCAGGACGGGGCAUGGGAUCUAAUUACUCAACCGUGGCUGUCUUGGCCUUGGUCUUGCCAGGACUCUCCCGAACUCCAUCGACCGGGCGUACUUUAGCAUCCACUGCUGCCUCUCGAAUCCAAUCGGUUUUGGCAUUGACCUCCUCUUGGAAACUAGGCUGCUGCGACGGCUUUUCCGGCUUGCGGUGUAGGAGACCGCUAAGGAACGACUGCAGCGUCAUGACGGAUAUUCGACGGGGUUUGUUGGAGGCGGAGAGAUAUCAAUGAUGUUGUCCUCGUGGUCACUGCGGCCUAUCGAAUGUUCAAAUAUAGUGACCCGUCGAGAGUAAUUCAUAUUGUGUACUCGUUUGCGAGGGACGU